UGUAAAUCGAUUUUACAUAACUAGGCACUCCCCGCCUUAUUUUUGAAUUACUACAAAGUGGCGCCCAACUAAAAAGCUCGUACCACACCUCCAAAAAAUAUAGCGAACAUAAUAUUAGCUUAAACGUUUUAUAAAAUUAUCAACCAACUAAUAGGUAAUUCAAAAAAAAAAAAAAAGAAAACAACUAAAUGUCAGUUUUUCAAUAACAAAAUAAAAUUACUUGGUCACAUAAUAUCUCGAGACGGUACAAAACCCUCUGAUACUAACACGAAAGCAAUUACUGAAUUUAAACAACCGAAAACUCAGAAAGAUGUUAGGUCAUUCAUAGGUAUGUGUUCAUAUUACAGAAAACACGUAAAAGAUUUUGCGAAUAUAGCUCACCCACUCACUGAAUUGACUAAGGGGGACACUAAAAAAAUUAUAUGGAACGAUGAACACGAACAAUCCUUUAAUCAGUUAAAACAGUUUAAUGACGAAAAAGAAGUUUACCUAACUAUAGACGCUUCGUUAUUAGGUGUAGGAGCUUGCCUUGAACAAUGCGAUAAAAAUAACAUACUACGUCCAAUUGGAUACGCCUCUAGAAAAUUAUUAAAAAACGAAAAAACUUACUCGUCCACAACAUUAGAACUAUGUUUCGGCAUUACAUACUUUCGGGAAUACUUAUGGGGAAGACAUUUUUUUUGUAUUUUAUGACAAUAUCAGCUUACAAUAUUACACAAACUUGAAAAUACCAUCGGCUAGAAUAGCUCGACUAACGCUAAAAUUGUUAGAUUUCAAUUUCGAAAUAAUCUACAAAAAAGAAAGGAGAACAGAGUCGCUGACGCUCUUUCUAGAAACCCCAUUAAUAAAAUUGAUAUUAAAACUUAUAAUGAUAACUUAAAUAUUGACUUAGCGGAUAUAAAAAGCCAACAAAAUAAUGACCAAUUUUGUUCCCACAUUAUAAAAUCAAUUAACAACAUUCAAAUUGACCAAAUCCCAAUUAAUAUUAAAAGGAAAUCGAGACAAUUUUUGAUAAUAAAACGACUAAUGACAUAAUUCAUGUCAGAAGAAUGAAACCAUACAUUAAUAGAUAGAAAAAGUAGGCAGAUUAGAAUACGUUUAAAAAAAAAAAAAAAAUAAAAAAAAUAAUAAUAAUAAUAACAAAUAAUACUAUAACAAGAUAUAAUAUAAUAAAAUAUACAUACAUACAUAUAUAUAUACAUAAAAACCGUUUAUCUGAAAGGCCUCCUCACAACAAUAAUUAUAUGGCACCAUACGUUUUAACCAUUUUUACCAUCUUAUUACGCUCAGCUAUCAUAGUAUUAUCGAGUAGGGCACCUAAUAUAACAAAAAAAGAGAUACGUAAUAUACCUUUUUUUUUUAUAAUCUUAUAAAUACACGCAAACGCUAAACAAAUAGAAAUGAUCAUACUCUUCCACCCAUCCAAUAUAAUUAUUAUAUACCUACUUAUCAAUAAACUUUUAUUCACAGGUUUUUUCUUUCUCUUCCCUUCCAUAUUAUUACUAUCACAAUUUCCUUAUAUUAUUUGUAACUAUUUGUUCAUUUAUUUAUAUAUAGAUAUUUUUUUUUCUUUAUUUAUUAUAUAAUACAAAUAAUCAACAUGCUCAAAGACUCUCUGUUUAUAUUCUUUACAUUUUGCACAACUACAAACAAAUGUAUAGCUUAUGAUUGUGGNCUAGGAAUAUUAUAAGCCAACAAACAAUAAGUAAUAUGGUCCAUUCUGAAUUACAAAAAUUUGGGAUAGGACAUGUCGCAUUCAGCCUCUUAGGAAUCUUUGUGAUAGCAAAUGACUAUCAACACCAUACUGAAGAUAUCCAUCCUUUACAACACAUUUGGUUGGAGCAUUAAAUCAAUAGCGGGCAUUUUCUAAAACAUAACGCAUUAUCUAAUGCACAAGAAGAACUCGAACAGAUGCGGGGCUGUUUCUACUACUAUGACCAACAAGACAACGGAAGAAAAACACCAUACUCUACAAUUGUAUCCAGAUCUUCGAAGAACUUCAAUAUAAAAUAAGUAUCCACCACACAUCACAUGCAUACGGACCCCCCUUUUAUAGUAUAUUCAUUUUACUCUCUCCCCUUAUUAAUACUACAAUUUAAUAUUAUACAUUGAUUUCUUUAUAAAAUAAUAUGCAUUGUUAUGAGGGCAUAACAAAAAAGAGACUGGGGUGGAUGUAAUGAUAUGCUAUGUAAGCUAUCAUACAUUAUGUAAAAUAAAAUAUUAUAAGUCAAACAAUUAACAACGGAAAUUAUAGUUAAACAUUUACAUACGACGCCAUUCUUUUUUCUUAUCAAAUAACAUAUAUUUUAGUGCGAUAUUUACUCAUCGUAAGGAGAUAAUACUUAAGAUAUCAUAUAUAAUUAAAAUAAAUUAUAUAGUCAAUAUUGUAAAAUAUUUAUAUUAAUUUGUAGCCAUUAAUUAUUAGAUUAAGUUGUUAGUAUUAACCAAAUUAAGAUAAUAAAUUUACACACGCACACACACACAGAUCUCCAGUUAUAAGGAGGCCGGACACUUCUAAUCACCCACACAGUGUAUGCAUUGUUCCCGUUGCUUUUGGACAGAUGAUCACAAGCGAGUGUAAAAGACUACGCAGAGAUUCUUACAAAAGCACGGGAACCUAGAACAGUGUUUUAUAUUUUAAAAAUUAAUAAAAAAGAAAUAGUUGUUAUAUUAAAAUCUUUUUAUUUACUACGAUCACCUUUAUCAAAUUCAACAGAUCAAUUUGCCGCCUGAAGAAGAAAGGUAAACAAAUUUAUAAUUAAUUUAUACGUGUGAAUCGAAUUUACAUAACUAGGCACCUCCCGCCUUAUUUUUGAAUUACUACAUAGU